ACCCUCCCACGGCGACACAACCCAAGCGGAACUCGCCUCGCAAUCUCCGCCCCCACGCAUCUCCCUCCACUCCCACUCCACUUCCCGCCCACCUCCUCCGCCGCCGGACUCGCCAUGGCCGCACACUCCCUCCUCCACCCACAGGCGGCCGCCAAGGCUUUCGCUUCCUCACCCCCUUCCCCUCCCUCUCCCUUCCUCCGCCUCCCCGCGCGCCCCCGCCUCCCCAUCCGCCUCCGCUCCUCCACUUCCGCCGCCGCUGACCUCACCGCCUUCCCCAACCCGAAUGGGAUCCUCGCAGACGACCCGCCCCUCGUCGUGGACGCCGCCACGGAGGCCGAGCUGCGCGAGAACGGGUUCCGGAGCACGCGCCGCACCAAGCUCGUCUGCACCGUGGGCCCCGCCACGUCGUCCCCCGACCAGCUCGAGGCGCUAGCCGUCGGCGGCAUGAACGUGGCCCGGGUCAACAUGUGCCACGGGGACCGCAAGUGGCACAGGGACGUCAUCCGCGCCGUGCGGAGGCUCAACGAGGAGAAGGGGUUCGCCGUCGCCGUCAUGAUGGACACCGAGGGCAGCGAGAUCCACAUGGGGGACCUCGGCGGCGCGUCCUCGGCCAAGGCGGAGGAUGGAGAAAUCUGGACAUUUAGUGUUAGAUCUUUUGAAUCACUUCUACCAGAACGUACUAUUAAUGUGAACUAUGAUGGAUUUGCUGAAGAUGUGAGAGUUGGUGAUGAGCUCCUUGUGGAUGGUGGAAUGGCUCGAUUUGAGGUUGUUGAGAGGUUAGGACCAGAUGUUAAGUGUCUUUGCACAGAUCCUGGUUUAUUGUUGCCACGUGCCAAUCUUACAUUUUGGCGGGAUGGCAGUAUUGUUCAUGAGAGGAAUGCUAUGCUUCCUACAAUUUCAUCAAAGGAUUGGCUUGACAUAGACUUUGGAAUUGCUGAAGGUGUGGAUUUCAUAGCUGUUUCAUUUGUCAAGUCUGCAGAAGUAAUUAACCAUCUAAAAAGCUACAUAGCUGCAAAGAGUCGUGGCAGUGAUAUAGCAGUCAUUGCAAAAAUUGAGAGCAUUGACUCUUUAACAAACAUGGAGGAGAUAAUCCGAGCAUCUGAUGGUACCAUGGUAGCCAGAGGGGACAUGGGGGCACAAAUUCCCUUGGAACAGGUCCCCUCAAUACAACAAAAGAUAGUUAAACUGUGCAGGCAGCUCAACAAGCCAGUCAUUGUAGCUUCUCAGCUCCUCGAAUCGAUGAUCGAGUAUCCUACGCCCACAAGGGCCGAAGUUGCUGAUGUUUCUGAAGCUGUCCGCCAGCGUGCCGAUGCUCUAAUGCUUUCGGGUGAGUCAGCAAUGGGAAGAUAUCCGGAUAAGGCUCUUAGUGUUCUCAGGAGCGUUAGCCUAAGGAUUGAGAAGUGGUGGAGAGAGGAGAAGUGCCAUGAGGCACUGGAACUUCAAGGUGUUUCGUCUUCCUUCUCUGACAAGAUAUCAGAAGAAAUCUGCAAUUCGGCAGCUAAAAUGGCUAACAGCUUGGGAGUAGACGCAGUUAUUGUUUUCACGAAGACCGGCCACAUGGCCUCCCUGCUCUCACGGUGCCGCCCUGACUGCCCGAUUUUCGCCUUCACGACCUCGACGUUCGUCAGGAGACGGCUGAACCUCCAGUGGGGCCUCAUCCCCUUCCGCCUCAGCUUCUCCGACGACAUGGAGAGCAACCUGAACCGCACCUUCUCGCUGCUCAAGGCCAGGGGCAUGAUCCAGUCCGGGGACCUGGUGAUCGCGCUCUCCGACAUGCUGCAGUCCAUCCAGGUGAUGAACGUACCCUGAGAGCCAUUCAUCUCCUUGUCGUGCAAUCCUCUCUGGAACGGGACACGGCCUUGAUUGACACCUAGAAGGACGGUUCCUUGUACCAAAACUAUUCGCUUUUCUCGUGUGCUAGGAAGUAGGCAGGACCCGAGAACUGUGGCAAUAAUUUGCGGCUUUUCAGCCUGUUGUAAAACUCGCUUAAUGAUAGGCGUAGUUUGACCC